AUGCACAAAUCAAAUACAGGGCUGCUCGACCCAAAAUGGAAAUUCCGGUGGCAUAUUGUGGUGCUAUUCCUCGCCAUCGCGGUCAUUGUGCUCACGGGCAUCUACAUCAACAUAAGCGCCUUCUUCACCCGACCUGACAUCAUGGCGAUUCCUUUUGCCGUCAAAACACUCGUCUUCAUUGGGUACCAACUGCUCAGCGAACACACGGAGCGGUUCGCCAAGUGGAAGAGCCUAAAAGCGAACUUGAUUUUGAACUGCAUCGAGCCUGUCUUUUGGCUCACCCUCGUCAUCCUCAAGUUCAUGGGAAUCUCGAGGUUUUGCAGUGGGGGCGGUUGCGCUGUGACUUGGAUCAUCACCAUGGUUGCCAUUGCCAUUUUAGUUUUGUCUGUCCAUGUCGCAAUUCUUUCAUUCCGGCAAUACCGCGAGUCGAAGCAGUUUACUCCUCCCCAAUCCGGGUACGCUGGUUCGCUGACUACCGAGGCCUCGGCGCCAAUAUUCACGGAAUCGAAUGAUGGCACGUCCAUUCAGGUUGCUUUCUCAAUCCCUGAACCGUCCCAAAACACCAGAAAAAAAGUGACGAAAGCUGUGAGACGAGCCCACGAGAAAUCCCGGACUGGUUGCCGGACCUGCAAGAGGCGCCGUAUUAAGACCUCGGCGGCAUCCACGCCUCUUAGUGUCCAACUUUCGCCGCCAUCACAAUCUCCCGCCGCUAUCAACAUGAUGGAUCUCGAGCUCAUGCACAACUUCACAACAUAUACCUGCACGACCUUGGCGAGCGACCCAGCAGUCCGGCAGUUUAUGCGGACCACUGCCGUCCACAUGGCUACGAACUGCGAGUACGUUAUGCGUUCCAUCCUAGCCGUGUCGGCCCUUCACCUUUCCAGGUUUCGGCCUCAACACAAAAAGACCUACCUCGAGCGUGCCAUGCAGCACCACCAAGCCGCAACCUCGACGGCCCUCCAUCUCAUGACUGACUUGAGAGCUGAGGAGUGUGAAAGGCUCCACAUCUUUUCCAUGCUCACGGUCUACUACGCUCUAGGAUGCUCCGUCGACGAAGCCGAUCAAGCCCCUGAGAGCCCCCUAAUCCCCCACUGGCUGCGACUCCUGCAUGGCAUGGAACCGAUCCUGGACAUGCUCGAACCGCGAACGUACCGCGGGAUACUGACGCCGCUGUUUGACUUUGGACGGAGAAGAAUGACACCUUUCCUAAGAACAACGCCCCCCAGUGACCCAGGCUUGCUGGCGGACAUCCAAUUUCUCAUUCACCGUCGCUGCACCGACGCCUCUCUUCUCCCCAUUUACGACGACAUGAUUGAGCAACUCCGCCGUCUGCUCGCCUUAAUCUUGACGCCACCCAGUGGCACCGUAGGCGCAACGCCUGUCCGUCCUAAUCUUCAUAGCGAUGAAGAAGGGCCAGUCACUGCACAAUCACCCAACGUGAACGAGUCACCAGCAGCAGAGACUCCCUCGGCAGUACCACCGAUAUGGACGAAACUCGAAGCGUGGGACAUCCUAGUCUGGCAGUGGACGCAGGGAAAGGAUUUCCUCCCGCUGCUCGAGGUGGUCAAUCCGCCACAGGAAGCAGUGGUCAUAUUUGCCUACUGCCUGCUCGCACUGAGGAAGCUGGAGAACCAGUGGUGGGUGGAAGGUUGGGCCGACCAUCUCAUGGGCAAGACGUGGUUGUUGCUGGAUGAGGAACAUCGCCAUUGGGUUGUUUGGGCGACCGAAGAAAUGGGCUGGAUCCCCCCGAGAUGA